AUUUCUCAUUUCAGGGAAAAUUAUUCUGGAAAAUCUCGGUUCAAGACUACUAGCAACAGCCUGAUUCACAAGAAAUAGAUGGCCAUUUUACAUAACACUGCUUUUACGUAAUUUUGCAAAUUAGAUAUCCAUAAAUAGCGUUGUAUUAACGUUUCUUUUAGAGCUCCUCGGUGGAGUUGAGAUCUCUUUUAUCUUCUCCUUUUUUUUUCCAUUGAUGUGUGGAUGAUUUAAAAUAUCGCAAGUUUCAAGAGAUUACCAUGAGCCGGAGACUAAUGUCGUUCUCUUAGACUGAUUCUCGAACAACUCGAGAAUAUUGACAUGGACCUUUUUUUAACAUAAUUGUAGAGGAAACCCUGAAAGUAUUUAAAAUCUGUUACAUGUAAUAUCCCCACCGCAGUCACUGACCUACAACAGGACUCAUCAUCUAAUACUCCUCGACCUCAGCCCAUCGAAACCUAAUAUGAUAUGAUACCCUAAAAUAGCUUUUGCAUACCAGACUGGAAGAAAUUUCUCAUCCCGGAUUUCUGAUUCCUUUCAUGUUGCGUCUUAGUAUACUCUUAGUAUAGGAUUUCAAGCUUAUUGAAUCGAGUCACAACGAAUCGAGCUCUUGGUCAGUAGCGAGCCUAAAGAAUGUCUUCCAAAGAUCGUAGUUUAUCAGUGAGCCCUGGUACAGUGUUGUCUGUGUUCUGUUUGCUUCUUUACUCCGCUGGAUUCAUCAGGAACGAGUUAAAGUUUGGUGAUUACAAUCAAAGGUUGAUGGCUGUCGAGGAAGUCAUUCCAAAGCUGAAAGAGGACAAUGACGAAAUGGGAAAGGCUUCGAAUAAUGAAGCUCCCACAAACAGUGAAUCUAAACUGCUAAGAUUCAAACGAGUUAUUUCCAGUUCCACUUCUUCUAAUGACUCAGGUUUCAUAAAAGAAGCCCUGGAAGAUAUAGUUAUCACAAGUUUAAAGAUUUGCCAAAAACGUGGAAACUUCAACGUCUGCCCACGUGGACGGCCGGGACCUCCGGGGAGAGCUGGAACCCAAGGCAUCAAAGGCAAAGAAGGGAGGAGGGGUAGGAAAGGUUCCCAAGGAAUUAUGGGACCGCCUGGUAAAAGUGGAAAACAAGGAAUUAUGGGACCACCGGGGAUUAGAGGAGAAAAAGGAAUUAAAGGAGAUAUCGGACCAUCGGGUAUCCCAGGGAUUAAAGGUGAACCCGGAGAAUCUAUUUCUGCACCAAAAGUGACCAUUUCUCCGGCCUCGCAACUGACUGUCAACGAAAGCAGCACUGCUGUUUUCUCUUGCUCGGUAUCUGGGAAUCCGACAGCGAAUUUAACUUGGACCAAAAUGAGUGGAUCGUUACCUAGCGACAGGGCCAAAGUGACGUCAGAUGGCCUGCUGCGGAUAAAAGAUGUUCGGCUAGAGGAUGCUGGGAAAUACAGAUGCAUGGCGAGAAAUCUUCUGGGGAAUGAUGAAAAAGUUGCAACUCUCAUCGUACAAAGUAGGUUACAAAAUUAUAUACUUUAUCUCUUUCCUAACCAUAACUUUCUUGAAAGAAGAUAUGCUAGAAACAUACAAAGACAAACUUUUCUUGGCGCAAAUAGUGUGUAGGUUAAAGAAAUCCAAAUGUCUUACUCGGGACCGCUUUUUCGUCUUCGAAGAGGCUUACCAGCUUCCUGAUGUCUGCUUCACCGUACCUACGAGAAAACAUGUUAGAAAUGAGCCCGGGAUGCGCCAUCGAUCUGUGAUGAUUUUUUUCAGUAUGGAAUCUCGCAAAUAUUUAACUAAAAGAAACAAAAUAAUCUAGGGCACUUGAGUGAUAUGAACUACUGAUAAUUUUUUAGACAAAAUGAAAAAAAAACAAUUGUAAAAUUAAUUAUGUAUUUCUAUUUUUUUU